UACACUCUAAAAACAGAAGUGCUAAAAAACGAGUGCUAAAUACGAGUUAGCACCUGGGGGGUUAUUUCUAGCACCUCAAGUGCCAUUUACUUCUGGGAAAUGAUGAUGUGCAAACAAAUUGGUGCUGAAAUUAAGUGCUGAAUAUCAAAGACGCUAGUUUUGCACUUGAAGUGCUGACCAGCAAAGGAGUUGGUCCAGUGGUGUUAGCUGGAUGUACAAGGAUGCACCUGUAGUGCGAGUUUAACCGGGAUCGGUCGGAGCCAGCAUGCAGCGCACGUGGCUUGUAUGUACUGUCCUAUACGUAGACCGACUGCGGUACCGGUACCGGCCCCGAGAUCAAGACAUGUCUGUACAUGUUUUUAUUACACGUUCCUUUUGCAUUCGCCUGCCCUUUAUAUAGCAGAAAACAUGAUUCUUGACGUUGUACAAGAAACGAGCAUUGGCAGCUAGAGAUUAUCAAUGCCAGGAGAUCAGAGCAAUUUAUAUGUUAUACAAAUUGAGGGUGCUGUAAAUUUUCUAUUGCUGAUUAUCGAGGCAUAUAAAGAAAAUGUAAUAACAAAACAAGAAUUAGUGAAUUUCUUAGUUCAGUUUUUAUACCAGCAUUGAACCCAAAUAAUGGAUCUCAAAAGAAUGUAUGUUACGUACAAUGGGGACCAAAACAGUGAUAGGAAAAAGCUAGUAAAGUUGGACACGACUGAUUUCGAUAGCAUGACAUUCAAAAUCAAACAAACAUUCGCCCUUCCAAUGGACGAAAAGUAUGCAUUCCACGGCCGUGUAGAAGCCAGUGGACCACUCGUUGAACUGGAUGAACAUGACAGCGAAAUCCUGGAUGAGUUAAUCGAGGUCUCCUUCAACAGAUGCGGAGGUUCCUCUCGGGGUGUACCUAUUGUACCAGAGAGUGAUUCUGACAUAGAGAUGUGUUCCAACAUAUUUCUGCAAGGAUGUUCAUCAGAUGUCUCAUCUGGGGUGUCCUUUUCAUCUCCUGUCCAGUUGAAGUUCGUGGCUGACACCGAUUCUGAUCUGUCUGGGGAUUCUCCCUUGUUGAUUCCUCCAUCGCCGCCACCUUGCAGCAUGCUGCUAUCAGACUGUUCUUCAGAUGCCUCGCCUCAGAUGUCCUCAUCCCAUCACAAGACAUCAUUCAUGGUGAACCCAUCUCCUCUCUCCUCAAUUAAGAUUGUGCCAGAGAGUAAUUCAGCUAUGCCAGGGACAUCACUGUCAAGUUCCAGCGUGCUGCUGCCGAGUUGCUCCUCAGAUGUCCCACUUCAGAUGUCCUCAUCACAUCACAGGACAUCAUCCAUGGUGAACCCAUCUUCUCUCCCCUCCGAUAAGAAGCUAGAUUUUGACAUGAAGAAAAUAUUAGAGGGUCACAACAGAGGUGCAUCCAUACUUGAGGAGUAUAAUAGGCUCAGGCUCAUCUCCCCCACAACUAGGAAGCAGGUCAUCAGCAUCAUGGCAGCAGAGUUAGUGGCAGUAUGUGGAUACUACCCCACUAUGCAGCAGAAGCAUGCAGUAGCCAAAGCUAUUAUCUCCUUCUUCCCGGAACUGAAAGAUCCCACUGGAGAGACUGGAUAUGAACAUAUCUACUGCUCUAAAGGUGGACAGUCGGGCUAUUUGUUCGACAAGCUAAAAAACAUCCGGAGAAAUCUGCCUGACAGUGCCAGAAUGAAAAGUGGCAAGGGCAAUGGCAAGGGCAAGGUCAGCACAUCAAAAGGUACUACCAAAAGGCUAGAGGCUGUCCUCACGUCUGAAGAGAUGAAGGAGGCAGAAGCGCUGUGUAGGAACAGCACAGAUAAGAAUACAGUUCGAGCAGCAAUGGCCAAAUGCUCCACAAGUAGACAUGCAUGGAUCCAGGAUCAGAAACCUUUCAUGAAGGACAUAUUGCAGAGGUACCCGCGGUACAGAGACAUGCCAGACCUUGUGCAGCAGGAUUUCCAGGAGAUUUACCCUGAUGCCAGUGAUUCCCUCCUCAAGAAAUGGGAUGGCCAUGCCAUGGCUCUUUUGGCCUAUGCAUCAACAUGUAGGGAAGGCAAGGAGAUCAAUGAUGAAUACCAUGCACUACCCAAGACCAGACAAGAACACACGCAGCUAUUUGGUUUCCUGGUACUCAUGAAGUUCCUCCCUUCAUACAAUACAAAGGGCAAAGGGCGUGUCUCACAAGCAGAUAUGGAACAUUGCAUUGUGCACUUCCAUGACGUCCACAGGCCUGUGACUGAAUGCUUGAAGGACACGGCCACGAGACAGCCCUCCUUGCUAGUGAAGGGCACAAACAACAACGUUGAAGAGAUCUUCCUUCAGAUAGAAGAGUAUGCAUGCCCUCUCCACACACCAAACAUCGUCAACGCAUUUGACAUCCUCUUCAAGAGUUACUAUGUGUACAACCUUGCUUACCCCGUCCCAGCUUCUAUCUUCUAUCUGUAUCUCCAGACUCAAAUCUUCGGAUUGCACCAUGUAGACCGCCGGGUGAACCCUCAAAAGUGCCUUAGUUUUUGUUUUUUGUGA